AUGGCGGUGGAUUUGAUGAAUGCUUACAGAACCACCGGUCUACACAACAAAAUUGAAGAAAAUUCCGUCCAAGAAGCGGCUGCCGCCGGUCUACAAAGCGUCGAGAAUUUCAUCAGAUUACUAUCUUCAUCUUCACAAUCGUAUCAGAGUAAUACUAACACAACGUCGUCAUCGUCUUCUUCUCCGCCUGCCGGAGCUACGGAUUCAUCUGCAACCACCGACUAUGUAGCGGUUGUAGAUGUUGCAGUUACCAAGUUUAAAAAGUUCAUCUCUCUUCUCGAUCGGAAUCGCACCGGUCAUGCUCGGUUCAGACGUGGCCCUGUUUCUGUUUCUGUUUCUAAUUCUAGCCCACCUGAGAAAAUUUCUCCGUUGGUUCCUGCGCCAGCGAGUGUUCCCCAUCAGAAGUUGUAUUCUCCGGCGCCGAUACAGCAGCGUAUGCCUCCAGUUCCACAACCGACUCUCCACCAUCCAUUGGCGAUAUCCGGAUCGUUUGACCGGAAAGAUUUUCCGAUAAUUUACAGCCGUCGAUGUCUUCUGGGUUUCAAAUUACAAAUAUGUCUCAGGCCUCCUCUGGUUGUCAGCAAUCUGUCAUCUUCUUCUUUCAAAAGGAAAUGUAACUCCAUGGAUGAUUCUCACACCAAGUGCGCUAAUUCUUCUGGGCGUUGCCAUUGUUCAAAGAAAAGGAAAUCGAGGAUGAAGAAGGUGGUAAGAGUGCCGGCGAUUAGCAUGAAGAUGGCCGAUAUACCGCCGGACGAUUACUCGUGGAGGAAAUACGGGCAAAAACCGAUCAAAGGUUCUCCACAUCCGAGGGGUUAUUACAAAUGUAGCAGUCUUAGAGGUUGUCCUGCAAGAAAGCAUGUUGAAAGAGCUUUGGAUGAUGCUUCUAUGCUCAUUGUGACAUACGAAGGAGAACACAACCAUUCUCACAAUGUGAACGACACACCGGGAGCCAUAGUUCUUGAGUCAUCUUGAAUUGCAUGAAAGUAGCGUUCAUCUAAAUCACAAAAAUCGUAAUUUAACAUGAGAAACAAAAUAUAAAUCUUAAUUGUGACUUUUCCAAGUUGUAAAGGGAGAAAGGAUUUGUGUAGCCUAUCAGGAGAGAUUUGAUGUGCAUUUAGACGUUUGUUUUAUAAAUAACUUAAUGUUAAUCUCUGUUACGUGUAUAUUGAUUCUUAAUUCUUGAUUUGAGCGGUAU